AUGUCCAGCCUGCUCAAGAUGUUCCUGGCCACGACUGCUUCCGUAACGACGGCCUCUCUGCUGCUGCUGUACAAGUACCAGCUCAAACUGAUCUAUCCCUCAGGCUUAAACGAUGCAAGAGCCCCUGGUGCCUUCCAUUCAACUCCACAGGAAUACGAAAUACCCUAUGAGGAUCUAUAUCUAGAGACUGAGGACGGUGUCAAGCUACAUGCCUUUCUGUGCUUACAGGACCCUAAAAGCCCUGAUUAUCAAAACAAAACAGUGUUGAUACUGAAUCCAAAUGCUGGUAAUAUUGGAUUAGCUGUGCCAACGGUUUAUAAUUUUUAUCAAUUGGGGUUUAAUGUCUUUAUUUAUGACUAUAGAGGCUACGGCUUGUCGACUGGUGAAUCUACCGAGAUUGGAUUGAAGAAAGAUACUGAAACUGUGAUGGAGUAUAUCAAUGAACAUGAUCAAUUGAAUAAAAGUUUAGUUAUACUAUAUGGAAGAUCUUUAGGUGGUGCUGUGGCUAUUCAUAUCGCUUCAAAGAACUAUGAAUUAGUUAAAGGUGUAAUAUUGGAAAAUACUUUUCUAAGUUUGAGGAAAAACAUUCCUCAUGUUUUCCCCUUUUUGAAAUAUGUUGCAACAUUGUGUCAUCAAUUGUGGGAUUCUGAAACUGCCAUUUCGAAAAUUGAUCCAAAUGUUAAAAUGUUGUUCCUUGGUGCUGAAUUAGAUGAGAUUGUAUCCCCUGAUCAUAUGAAGAAACUUUAUGAAUUAGCUAAUGUUGGUGAUCGUUACGAAAAAUUUGUACUUUUUCAAGGAUUUCAUCAUAAUGAUACUACACUGGCUCCAGGUUAUUGGGAUAUCAUUAGUGAUUUCAUUGAUUUAAUAGAUUCUAAAGAGAAUUAA